AUGAAGUGCCAUUGGCUUUUCAGUUUGGUAGUGGUUUGCGUUGGCCUUACUGGCUUCUUCCGAACUUCAGCUGCAUCAGACAAUACAACACUGCAGAUCCGCCUUGCAGACGGGCACUAUCCAAACGAAGGGAGAAUGGAGGUCCGUGUACCUGGUUUCCACGAGACGUUCGGGUCGUACUGCUCCAAUGCAAAUCCCUUCAGGACUGGUCGUCUGGCGUGCAGACAACUUGGUUUUCCCGCCCUUUUAUCGGCCACCGCUGACGCACAGUUUGGGACUGCAACCGGCCCAGUCUGGUUCCAAGAGAUAUACUGCGGUUACUACGCAACUCUGAACGAGUGCCAAACCACGGCGUGGUAUCCAUUAUACGGAACGUGUGAUCACCGGUUUGAUGUCGGAAUUACAUGCUUUACAGGAAACCUACGGUUGUCCGGAAGCUCAAGUCAACACGAAGGAAUUGCUGAGUUGCACGUCGGCGGUGAGGAGUGGGUCUCGAUGGCAGCCUACGGGAGAAAUGCAGAGCUACUCGCCGACUGGAUAUGCUCCCAUCUUGGGUAUCAAUUUUCCGUUGGGGCCACCGCAGUACCUAAGAAUAGCUCCAGUGGGACUCUUUGUCAAUACAGUUCAUGCCAACUAUUAUAUGGCGAAGAUGAUCAAGGCCUCAACUUCUUUGAGUGCUUGGAUGAGAAUACACUGAGCGUGUGUCCAAGUGAAUGGAAGGGUACCGUAGUUAAUGUCAUAUGUGCACCAGAAAGUAACAUCGUGCCUCUUAAUACAACUUUGGAGUUUCGACUUGCCGCCGUAACCAACGAGUCCCACACUGGGAUAAUUGAAGGGCGGUUUAGCAGGUCGAGCUGGAAGACUGUCUGCACUAGGGUAUGGCACACCUGGCAAGUCACCUCUGCAGCAGACACUGCAUGCCGUCAACUAGGCUACCCGUGGGCUGCUGCAUUCGAGCUGGUCCGCUACUCUGAGGAGUCGAGUGGCUACAUCGGUAGCGGGGAUGACCUCGUCAUGCGAGAGCUCUUUCUCGGCAAACCCGACUCGCUUCGUUGGACCACGGGGGACAACUCGUGCCAGAUUCUUGACUAUGAACUCGUCUUUGUGGAAUGUGAGACAGGUACGAGGUUGUUUGAUCUGACGAUCUUCCCUUGUCCAUCCCAGUCCUGUCGCGGUCGCUGCGGAACUCCUGCAACCAAGACCACGUGCGGUUGCGAUGCUGCAUGCUCUCAAUGUAGCGACUGCUGUUACGAUUUCAACCAGCGUUGUCCCCUCCAAGAAGUCACCGACGACCACAAAAGAAUCUUCAAUAACUCCCUUAUUGGGUCUACCUCCUGCAAGCUGUUUUACGGCUCAGUCGAUCGAGCACUUGUCAUAGAUAGUUGCCCGCCGGACUGGAACGACACCACUGUGGCCAUGCAGUGUGCCAACGAUUCCUUGGGUGAUCCCCUUCAAUACGAUUACGGACCGUUUUUUCAAAACGAAUUCUGCGCCACGUGUCACGGUAUCACGGCCAACGUGAACAACUCGGAGUACGUUUGGGAGGGAAGUCCUUACGGUAUGGAUACCGAGUGUUCGCUCGACGUAUCAGCAGAAAUACAGAUGGGUUGCCGUGCGUACACGUCCAUUGUAGUGUUCGAUGGUAUACUGUACAAGAAUCAUCAUUGCGCUUACUGUAAUGGAUGGAACGCUACAUUUGAUGUUAAUUACUGUACUCACACAAGAACUAGCGUAGCGCCUGGUCACUUGGAGGUUCUGCUCGGUCGGGAACCUGACCUUUGGGCUCCAGAAAUAUCUGUCUCGCUACUUUCUCAAGACCAGAUACACUGCUACGACAAAGAGACACAGCUCAUUAUUCACACUGAAGGGAUGAACUCGACAAACAACAUCAAUUGGUUUUUAUUCGGAUGGCUUGUCAACGAUGUGACAAGCUGUUACCUUCAUACGCUGGGUUGGCAGAACGUUCAACUGACUUGGCCUUUCUUUGAUUCUUACAAAUCGAAUAACGGAACAGCCGACUUGACUACUGGAGAUGGAAGGUAUAUAUUGACCACUCAGUAUCUUACAAAUACAACAGAGUUUGAGGACAUGUUGGAUCAAACCUUAACGGUAACUCCUUCCAUCAUCAUCGAAGAGAGUGCACGACACUGGAUAACCCAAUGUGGAAUCGAGAGAGUUGAUUUCGUUGAGGUGUGUGGGACAACCAUGGGACAGAUUCAACCUGCCUGCACUGAAAAUAUCUACAACACCGAUAACAAAACGAUGCGAGCAUUUAAUAUUAGCGGCAACCAAAUAAUAUACAUCGGUGGCGGUUUGCUUAUUGAGGCGAGUUCUGUAUCACUUGUGCGGACGUACACUUACCAACUCGUCCCAACAACUGACAAGGUCUCCAGGAUUGUCGUCUGCGGCCAUGAAGCCAACUCGACCAACUGUCACACACCAUUGAUCGCAGAGACUAAGCUAGUAAGCUCGACCGACGGUUAUCCUCGGAUCAUCUACAAAGGAAGGGAGUUCCAGCAGGACGAGGUGACCUACCUACCGGACGGCCAUAUUCUCAUCUGCUCGGAGUUCUUCGCAACUUACGGAGAACCGUUCAUCUCUUUCUCUGACCCGUUGACUGUUCUCAACACAGUCGGUUACAGCUUGUCUAUUGCCGCUCUUUUUGCAACACUCGUCAACUACAUUGCGUUUGCUUGCCUUCGGAACGUUCCUGGUGGUGCCAUCAUGAUUUUGACCUCUGCGUUAUUCACUGCUCAGCUGAUGACCUUAACCGUCCUGGAUAAAGCUGAAAAUCAAGCUUUCUGCAUUGCCAUGGCGGUCUUGCUUCACUUCAUGUGGCUGUCAACUUUUACCUGGAUGAACGUUUUGGCUUUUGAUCUCGUGCGAACUUUCACCUCUCAGCAAGUCUUGAACCCCAACAACAAGAAGAUCUUCCUGACGUACUGCCUGUACGGUUGGGGUGUACCUCUUCUGAUCGUGUCGGCCUGCCUAGCAGCCCAUCAUGCCAACGGCGUGGAGUUCAAAUAUGGCGGCUUGAGAUCUUGUUGGCUGGUUGGGAGGUAUGCUGUUUUGGUUGCAUUUGGAGUUCCUUUAGUCGUAAGCCUGGUGGCUAACGCGGCCCUGUUCGGGUUGACUGUGCAUAGUGUCCACGCUACUCUCAAAGCAGCCAGUAUGGUCCGUAAGGGGAAAUCUAAAGCUAAAGAAACAACAACUGAACUGUGGAUAUACUUAAAGAUAUCGUGCAUCAUGGGGUUCACCUGGAUCUUUGGCUGCCUGGGGGCGUUCGUCGACCACCAGGCUGUGUGGUAUCUCUUCAUCAUCACUAACUCCUUACAAGGCGUCUUCAUCUUCAUCUCCUUCGGCUGCAACGCACGCAUCCGAGGGCUUUGGCGAGAUAAACUUGGGUAUGAGCCAGUGAGGAAAGACUCCAACUCAAAACGAACCAACAGUGCGAGCACUUCCUCCGUCACCACCAACAGGACCGCCACAGUCACUGUUUAAAGACACGUCCAGAAAUACCACCUAUGUCUUGGAUAGCGACGUUGAUUUUGGUUAAAGGAACACGUUGC